AGUCUCCACAUCUUUUGGACGUUAUGGUUCUCGGAGUAGCCCUUGGAGCAUCUCCCUUGGGAAGCGCCUCGAAGGGCCCAGAAACGGAGGCCCUUCCCUCUCGGUCCAGAGCGGGCUGGCCACGACUCUGAUGGAGGCCACGGGCGACAAGGAUCCCCUCGUCCAGGAGCAGAUCUUCAGCGCCCUCUGUGCUUUGGGCCAGGCGGAGCCCGAGGAGGUCUUGAACGCUUGCGAGGAGUACCUGCGGCAGCACGAGAAGCUGGCCCACCCCCACCGGGUCAUUCUCCUGAGGGCCAUGGAAGCCGUGGUGAAGAGCAGCCUGGCUCAGCUGGACAAGAGCACGGCCAAGAUCGUCAUCUUCUUGGCCUCCAGCGAGAUGACCAAGUCUAAGGAGGCUUUUCCAGAGUGGCAGCAAGCCGCCAGCACCGUCCUGGUCGCCGUGGGGAGGCGUUUCAUCAACCAGGUGAUGGAGGAGAUGCUGACCAAGUUCCAGCCAGGGGUCUUACCCCACUGCUUCGUGGUGCUGACCUUCGCCAACCUCUCGGUGACCAAUG